AUGCUCUCCCCGGACUCGCGCUUCAGUGCACCGCUGCACUUUCGCACAAGCCCGCCGCUUCCACUUUUUACCCCGCCCGUGACGCCCAGCUGCCAUCUUCGCCAUAAUGGCACCUCAUCUAACCGUCGUAAGCAGAGCACGAAUACUCCCCCCUCGCGACACCGUUGUUCCCGGUGUGGCCACUCCGGCCAUAACGUCAGGCGUUGCCCGCAGGCUGCCGUCCCGGAGACUUCCCUCGCCCGAGGCGGCGGCAGCUGGUUCCAGCAGCGCUGCUCUUCGUGUGGCAAGGCCGGCCACAACGCCCGCGCCUGCCCUGAGCGACUGCGCCGCGAGUGUCAUAUAUGUCGAGGGACAGCGAAACUGCCGUGCUCGAAAUGCGACGGCAGCGGGUUUGCGGAGGGAAGGGAGUUGAUGAACGUAGAGGUGAAGAAGGCGGAGGUGGGUGGGAGAAGGGAGAGAAAGGUCGUGUGGUUAAGCCCGGAGCAGAAGAAGAUGGCGGACGCGGCGCGGAGCAGGGCACGCUUUGUCGGCGUGGCACUGGAGAGGGAGGAGUUGGUGGGCGGGGAGAGCGUGGAGAGGAUGCGAACGGUGAAGAAGACGGUGACGUUGGAGAAUCGAUGCGCUAGGUGCCUAGGGAGGGGCUUUCUCAGCUGCAUGGCGUGCAGCGCUGAUUGA